UACAACUCACAACAAAGCUUCUUGCCGUAGCGUUUGUUCUGUUGUGUGUCUCCAUUCCGAAACAAAGGUCUCCCGCGACAACGACGUAUCGUUUGAGAUCUCGACGGUGGCUCUCACUCCGCCACCGUCCGAUCUCCUCCUCCUCCGCAUCUGACCACGCCGUUUCGAGAUCUGACAUCACUCUCUGAUAACAGUUAAAGCCUGAAGUGACAAUUAAAACAAAGGUGAUUCCAAACAGUUUUUCCUGGACUAAAGGAGAACCGGAGAAAUAUGGAAGUCAACAAUUGUCAUAAGGAGCUCACAUAUGAUAAGUGGGUACCGAUCUCUGUAUCUGGUGCACGUCCAGCUGCUCGCUACAAGCAUGCUGCAGCAGUAGUUGAUGAAAAAUUAUACAUUGCUGGUGGGAGUCGUAACGGUCGACACUUAUCUGAUGUUCAGGUUUUUGAUUUAAGAAGUUUGACGUGGUCUUCUCUGAAACUAAAAUCAAAUAUUGGAGAAGAUGAUGACAAUAGCUCACAGGAGAUUCUUCCAGCCACUUCUGGCCACAAUAUGAUUUGGUGGGGGGAGAAACUACUUCUUCUUGGUGGCAAUUCAAGGGAUUCUGCUGCUGAAUUAACAGUUCGAUACAUUGACAUCAAAACAUGCCAAUUUGGAGUUAUUACGACUUCUGGGAGUGUUCCAGUAGCCCGUGUGGGGCAGUCUGCAACACUCGUUGGUUCAAGAGUGAUAUUGUUUGGAGGAGAAGAUAUGAGCAGGAAGCUGUUGAAUGAUGUCCAUGUACUCGAUCUGGAAAGUAUGACUUGGGAAAUGAUAAAGACUACGCAGACACCUCCAGCUCCUAGAUAUGAUCAUGCAGCUGCUAUUCAAGGAGAGCGGUACCUUCUGAUUUUUGGUGGUUGUUCUCAUUCUGCCUUCUUCAAUGAUCUUCAUUUAUUAGACAUGCAAACAAUGGAGUGGUCCCAACCACAAACACAAGGUGAUUUUGUAUCUCCAAGGGCUGGACAUACUGGUAUCAGUAUUGAUGAAAGCUGGUUUAUAGUUGGUGGUGGAGACAAUAAAAGCGGUUGCCCUGAAACCCUGGUGUUAGACAUGUCUAAGCUUGUUUGGUCAGUGUUGACUGUUGUGAAGCAAAAAGAUCCACUUUCUAGUGAGGGUCUUAGUGUCUGCUCAGCACUGAUUGAUGGAGAAAAGUAUUUGUUAGCUUUUGGUGGCUAUAAUGGGAGGUAUAGCAACGAGGUUUUUGUCAUGAGACCCAAGGCAAAGGACACCUUGCGUCCCAAGAUUUUCCAAUCACCAGCUGCUGCAGCUGCUGCAGCUUCCGUUACAUCUGCUUAUGCAUUGUCUAAAUCUGAGAAGUUGGAUUUCGUGCAACUAGAUAAUAUAAAUUCCAAGUCAACUGUAAAUGGUCAUCCUCAAGAUGAUGUCACAGACAAAAUUGAAGCCAUUAAAGAAGAAAAACGGCAAUUGGAGUUGUCAAUUGCAGAAGUCAGGGCUGAAAAUUCCAAGCUCGGAGGAGAGAUAGAAGAAGUAAAUAAUACUCAUGCUGAGUUGACCAAGGAACUCCAGUCAGUCCAGGGACAACUUGUGGCUGAGAGAUCAAGAUGCUUUAACCUGGAGGCCAAAAUUGCAGAACUCCAAAUUUUGCUGGAAUCAAUGCAGUCUGUGGAAGAUCAGGUACAGGCUCUUCGUGAAAAGAAGUCCGCUCUGGACCAGGAGAUGGAGCUUGCUGCAACUGCUCAGAGGCAGAGUACUGGUGGAGUUUGGCGAUGGUUUGGUGGGAGUGAAACAUGAAAAGUAUGAGGGCAAUGCCAACUAAAAGUGACUUAGAAGCUUUUACAGUGUUAUCUUGAGUUGAAAUGCAUGAUGGACUCCAAUUUUGAAGGACUUAAGUCUGAAACUUUCAAGAGACCGGUACACAAGCUUUUUGUAUUUAUGAUUCGUACCUUAAUAGGUUUACUUUUGUCUGAUUCAUUUCAUGUUGUGUCCAUUAAAUUCUCUAGGAUUUAAUUAUAUUUUAUUCAUUUGAGUAUAUAUUGGCUUCUUAUUUUCAUCUUUUUUUAUUCAUUCUACAUAUUAUUAGCUAGUGCGUUCAAUUGCUAGAGGAAUGCAAUUUUAAUUUUAUUUAGGUUUAAGCUUGAUGACUUCUUUGAACACACCUAUGUUAUCCAUCUAUAGAAUUCUUUUUGGAAGUCGUGGAACUCCCAUCGCCCCUCCUCACUUUUACAUAUGGGGUGGCCCUUAUUUUCAGAUUUGGUUUGAUUCGAAGAACAAUGGUCAUGGGUGGUGAGGAUUUGUUAUCGCACGUAAAAGAUUGUCAUAAUGUGGUUCUAGUGGACUUGUAUUCUCUCAAUGUGGGUGCUUGAAGGCUUAUGGCUUGUUCGUGUCCUGAAUUAAUGUUGGUAGAAGAUUGCCUGUGAGCAGAAGAAUGCUCAUUUCAUAUUCGUGUAUUUACACUCAAUGUGGAUAAGUGUCUAUAGAAGAUGAAGACUUAAGGAGUUAGGUGAAUUGACAUUGAAGUUGGUAUUUUCUGUGACUGGAAUUUGCCUCGAUGAUAUUGAAACCCGUAGCCAGCAUGAGUAGAUAGCCAACAAUUCAACUGCUGAAAGAGCGGCUCCGUUUGUAUAGGAAAUCCAUUUUCACAAACCUAAAAUAAAUAAAUAAAGCGAAGCAGAAGAAAAAUUGCUACCGUUAAAUAUUUCUCCUGUUGCGUUAACUGAAUGAAUUUCUAAAGAAACUCUAAUUCAUAAUUUGAUCAAGAUUUAGUUUUUUAUGAAGACAUUUUUUUAAAUUGGCUUAAAUAUGUAAUUUUUUUUAUUUUAAUUUGUCAAAACAUUUAUUUUUGUCCUUAUAUUUUAGCAGAUUAUUAUUUUUAGUCUUUUUAGUUACAUAGUCCAAUAAAAAUUGACAUUUGGUAAUAUUUUAAUGAGUCAAAUCAACAAUAAAAUUAAAGACAAAAUAUUAGUGAAAAAGUAAGGAGUGAAGUAUAAAAAAAUUGUUUGAAGAGAUUAAAAUAAAAAUUUAUUAAAAUAUGAGAUUUAAAAACAUAUUUAAGGAUUUGAAAUUUUACUGGUUGAAAAAAAAUCAAGCCCAUUUAUUUUUCACAACUACGGUUCAACUACAUGGCUUUUAGCGAGAAAAUUCCAACCGGUCAAACCAAUAUAUUAAAACAAAAUUAUAUCGAACAGCGAGGGUUUUAUACUUAAUACAUAACAUAAAAAAAGAUAUAUAAAACCAAAAAACCUGUUACGUUAUAUAAUUAAAUUUCUUUACGCAAUGCUAGAUCAGUUCUCAAAAUAGAAAACCUGACAACCAAAGUGUAUCAAUUGGUUUUUCCAUUAUAACAUGAGUAGAGGACCACUUUGGCAACUAUUUUUUGGAUCAUACUGAUUAAUUGUAUAGGUCCAGAUGGUGUUCAAGGGGAGGUUGUGUCUAAAAAUAUUAUUACAAAAGCUAAAUUAGCACAAUAUUUACUAAAAUUUAUCCACAACUUUAAUACAACUGGUAGUGGUACAGGCAAACAAAGCCUCAAAAGGCUACAGAACAAAUCAAAAUUCAUGAACUCUCGUAAAGAUAUAAAAAAAGGACAAAGGGCAAUAUUCUUUAUUAAGAAGCAUUUAUUUUGAGGCACCGAGUUGCAUUCUGAUUUCACUGUUUCUGGUGAGUUGAUUCUUCUCUACUUUUUGCCCAUAUCCGUUUGAUACCAGUUUUAGAAUACAAAUAUUAAAUGUCUACAGGAAAAUUGAUAUCUUAGAACUAAGAGACAAAGUAAAACAUUCUGGAACACUACUAUUUAUACCAAGGUUAUUCAUAACUUGGAGACAAGUUGAUAUUUGCUUUGAGAAACAAGAUCCUUGCGCAAUAUCUUACCAGCAACUGACCUUGGAAUUGUGUCAAUGAAACUCACCCUUCUAACUUUCUUAUAUGGAGCCACCUGAAAAUUCUCAAAUUUACUCUAAGAUAAAAAAAAAUUAAAAUGAUCAU